AUGCCUGCCUUCACGAUGCUUAGCGGCAACAUCCAAACGCGGCGCGCCCGCAUCAUCGUCAUCGCCUUUCUCGUCAUCGUCUUCCUGCUGUUCUUCAACAACUCCCAUCUCGGCAGGGGAGGCGGCGCCGCAUACCUGGAUCCGGCGGAUGCUGGACGGCCGCCCGCCGCAGCCGACAAACCGACGCAGCAGCAGCCGCCACCACAUGGGAACCAGGACAAGGACGGCGAGCUUCCUGUUGCCCACGGCGAGCCCGACGCCGCGAGCGACAAGCUCAAGGCUGACGCCGAGGGCGGGGACUCGUACCGCAACCAGGACGAGAAUCUGGUCAAGCAGCCGGCGCCCGCAAACGCCGGCGCCAACGGUAAACCCGGAGACGCCUCGAAGCCCAGCGACGCCGCGACGACGAAGCCGCUGCCGCCGACGCCGCCCGCCGACUGCGAGUCCUUUGAGAACUGGAUGCGCAAGCGGCCCGGCCCAGCGUCCGAGGGCAAGCGCCAGUUCCCGCUCGUCCGACCCCGUCCGGAAUGUCGUACCUUCCGCCUACCGGCCAUGGAAGCGCUCAUCGAGCGCAUGAAGGGCGUCAUCAAGGACCCGGACCUGCACCGGCUGUUCGAGAACGCGUACCCGAUGACGCUCGACAGCAUGGUCAAGUGGCGCGGCUUCGCCAACGAGACGGACGAGGCGACGGGCGAGACGCGCGUGACGGACCAGGAGCUCACGUACGUCAUCACGGGCGACAUCGACGCGCUCUGGCUUCGGGACAGCGCCGAGCAGAUCAGCCCGUACCUGUCGCUGCUCGAGGCGUCCGAGGACCACGACUCCCUCGCGGGCCUAUGGCGCGGUCUCAUCAACGCGCACUCGAGGUACAUCGUCAUCUCGCCCUACUGCCACAGCUUCCAGCCGCCGCCCGAGAGCGGCAUCCCGCCGACCCACAACGACGCCUACUCGCGCAACCACCCGAUGCCGCCCUACGACCCCAAAAAGGUUUUUGACUGCAAGUGGGAGCUCGACUCGCUUGCCUCGUUCCUUAAAAUGUCUGUGGCAUACGCCGAGAAGACGGGCGACUGGCAGUUCUUCGGCAAGUACGGCUGGGUCGAUGCCGUCGAGGCGGCCGUCAACGCCGCCGGCGCCAUGCGCCUCGGCACCUACUCGGCCGAAGGCAAGGUCGAGAAGUCGGCCUGGACUUUUACGGGCUGGACGGACAGGGGUUCAGAAACUUUGACUAAUGACGGGCUCGGUAACCCGAUCCGGGAGAAUGGCAUGGUGCGGACGGCGUUCCGGCCGUCGGACGACGCGUGCAUCUUCCAGUUCCUCGUGCCGGCCAACAUGAUGUGGGCCAAGUACCUCGAGUCGGCGUCCGAGAUCAUGGCACGGCUCGAGGGCGAUCGGGCGCGCAAACUGACGACGGCGAUGCGCGAGCAGGCGCUCGGGAUCCGCCGGGGCAUCGAGCGGGACGCCAUCGUCAGCCGGCCCGGGUUCGGCGACAUAUUCGCGUACGAGGUUGAUGGGUACGGCGGCGCGAACCUCAUGGACGACGCCAACGUGCCUUCGCUGCUGGCGAUGCCGUUGUGGAAUUUUACGCAGACGAGCCUGGGGCCCGUCGAGGACGAGAAGGACAAAAAGGCGACGAAGCACGACUACACCGAGGUGUACCGCAACACGCGUCGGUUCGUGCUCAGUGACGCCAAUUCGUACUUCAUGAAAGGCCCCGUCAUCUCGGCCGUUGGCGGGCCGCACGUCGGGCCGGGCAGGGCGUGGCCGAUGGCGGCCGUCAUCGCGGCCAUGACGGCGUACGACCCGAUCUCGGGUGUCGAGGAUGUCGACGGGGAAGUCGGGACUCAGAUGCGCAUGGUGCUGGACUCGACGGCAGGUACGGGGGUCCUGCACGAGAGCGUCAACAGCUGGAACGAGAAGGUCUGGACGCGGGCGUGGUUCGGCUGGGCCAACGGCCUGUUUGGGGAGCUGAUUUUGCGGAUCGAGGAGGCAGAGAAGAAGAAGGGCGGCGGCGGUGGCCUGCUGGGGAAGAGCUGGCAGGACUCGCCUGCGUCAAGCACGGCGAGUUCCCCAAAGAUAUGA